UUAUUGAAUUGAUUCCUCGGCUUUGUCUCGAGUUACAACCAUGAGCUUUCUCCGCCAGUCAGUUUUACACGCACCAAUGCCACGACCUCUCCGGCUCGGAACUGUUGGGCUUCGGCCAACUCGGCCAACGUCUAGCCGGAGAUGUAUGGCUACAAGUGGACCGGAAAGGCAGCAAGCUGUUCCCCGAUGGUUAAUAGCCUUAUUUGGGCUCGGCCUUCCGAUCUCGUUCUACUUUUGGCAAAGGGGCGGGAAACAGAAACCUAAGACCAAUGUAGUUCGCGAAGAACAACGAGGAGCACGGGGGGCCAAUCAAGAGUAUACCGAUGGUGCAGAGGGAAAUGAGGGCAAUGAGCCACAUCACAAGGGAAAGGGACAAGGCUCUCGUUCAUUCGAUGAUGACAAGCCUCGAGGCGUGGGCUCCGCGGGCGGUCCAACUACCAUGUCGUUCAAGCAGGAGGGUCUUUCGAAUGCGAACACUAUGAAUCCAUAUAUCAACGAGCCUGGAAAAAGCAAAAAGGGGGAGGAAGAGACUGAGACUGUGAAGGUAAAGGGUACUGUGAGGACCGACAGACCCCAGGUGUGAUGUAAGAGAUAUCUCGAGCUUAUGGCAAAAUCAUUUAUUCAUAUGUUUGUCAAGAUAGAGCAGAAAGUAAAGAUAAAAACUUGUGACUGAAGUGCAAUCACGUACUGU